CUCCAUGGGUUUAGCACAGCCCAAGCAGCGGCUGGCCAGCUGCAAAGAUGCGAGGAGCUGUAGCGAUGGAGAAUGUUCCCACGGCCUGCACAGUCGUCCAUUCGGCAUUCUCCCUUGAUGGAAAGAUGGUCCGAGCCAUGUGCACUCUCUCGAUCGAUGCGCAAGCAUGCAUGAAUGUCCGAGUUGACCUGCGCUCUACAGGUUUUCCCCCACACUGCUCGACUCGGCAUGCGUGCGGUGACUCGUAUAUCUUAUGAUUGGUCACAAUCAAGUUGAGCCACUGUGACUUCCGCGGAGCUCCCGAUUUGGGAUUAUUGCACAUGGAAGUCAAUCGAUCUCCCUUUCCUUAAAAUGACGGUUUGUAUCACAUUCGUUCUCUUCACUAGUGGUCUGCCAGAAGCCUCACCUGGUCUCUGCUGGGAGAAGAAAGGCAGCCACUAGCUGCUAGGCCUAGGUAGUGUCGUUGCUUGUGUAGAUUGAAAUAUAUUAGUUUUAGAUUGGGAAUUCGAGGAGGGCACCAGGAAGAGGUCGAGUUUAUGGCUACGGACUACUCUUAGUUAAGAACUCUCAGCUCGGGUGCUACAAUCCUCUAGAUCGAUUCAGUAGUGGAAAAAUUCGACGAGUUCUUCUUUCCUCGUGGGAAGCAUAUGCAGUUCAAUUGGGAGGUCCGGAUCGCUGCAAGGACGUAGGGAUCGAGGCUGCCCACAAAAGAUAUAGAUCUGUCAAAAUCACACUAAGAGGAUUCGUGAUCGGCGUCGUGCGUAGAAGUAUGGAAGAAAAAUCCCAGUCAGAAUGUCCUGGGAGCGUCGCGGCCCCAGUUGCCAUGGUAUCAUAGAUCUAGAGACUGCGAGGUGAGUGGUCCAGUUGGGCCGCAUACGAACGGCAGAGGACGUCGGUCACGACGAAGACGGCAGGCGUGGGGAUACGAAAGUUUCAGCAUUCAUUCAUGGAGAAUGUUUGCAUCAGGUCACAGAGAAAUGCCUCGGUCCUCGUCACAACUUUGUGGUUGAUCGGUCUCCUGCACGCUGAUGGAGGCCCUGCUGCAGCAGCAGCAGCAGCGCCUGCGAGGGCCGACCUCCAAGAACAGCAGGAGUUUUAUUCUCGUCUGGAAGAACACACUUUUAACCUCAGAGGUCACUCUGCAGCGGACGUCAAUCGUCAUGUCGUCAAGAGCCCGACGGAUGCGCUUCUGGACUCCGAAAUCGAGUUCCACAAUUUCGCACGGAGUAGGAGGAAGGAGGAGCAGGAGAGGAGGUUCUCGUCGCUGAGCUCGGAGUCGACUGAAUUUAGAGAUACAGUCGGGAACUAUGGAUAUGGCUCUGAAAGGGGACCUGUGCGCCAGCUUCUCACCACUCACCGCCACAGCACUCUCCAUCACCACGAAAGCGGCUUCGCAUGGAAACAGGAGCUGUCAUCUCAGAGCUCUGGGUCGGCGUCCAAGGAUGCUCUCGCCCUCCUCGAGUUCAAGAGGGGAGUAAUUGAGGACCCUCAGGGUGUGCUGUCUACCUGGGAUGCAGCAACUGCGCAUGUGUGCCAAGGUUGGACUGGAGUGGUCUGUGACCCCGUCUCUGGUGGAGUCAUCGAGAUCAAUCUUCCCAACUUCAAUUUGAAGGGGACGCUUUCGCCGAAACUCGGUGAUCUUGCUUCACUGCACGAGCUGGUUCUGUCCAACAACAGCUUCACGGGCGUUAUUCCGGCCUCUCUGGGGGAUGCUUCUGCUCUUCACACCAUCCGACUCGACAGCAACAAUCUGCAAGGCGCGAUUCCAGACUCGCUGGGGCAAUUGACCGGACUCCUGACUUUGGAUCUUCACAGCAAUCAACUCGAUGGCUACAUCCCGAAGUCUUUGGGAGGGUGCACCAGCCUGAUCAGCUUGGUGUUGGAUUCGAAUCAGCUCAUCGGCACGAUUCCCGACAGUUUAAAAGGCUGCUUGGGUUUGCAAGUCCUCAGGGUCGACGACAAUCAGCUCACCGGAGGCAUGCCAAAUUUUCUCGACAGUUUGCCGGAGCUAACUGUGCUGCACGUGUCAGGGAAUCUUCUCUCGGGCUCGAUUCCGAGCUUCUCACCGCAAUGCUCCAACCUUUUGUCACUGUCAGCUGCAUACAAUCAGCUGACGGGAGAGAUUCCCGGCUCAAUCGGGAACUGCACGAAACUCCAAACUCUUCUGCUUGACGACAAUCAUUUGACAGGUAGCAUACCACAGGAGAUCGAGUUCCUGGGAGACCUGUCAAGCCUCUCUCUCAGAGGUAACAACCUCACUGGAACGAUUCCCACCUCGCUCGGGAACCUGAUGAAUUUGACGGUGGUCCAGAUUGACGACAACCAUUUAACAGGAGUAGUUCCGUCUUCCUUCGGCAAGCUACCACUUCUGCAAACUUUGAGCCUCGCACACAACGAGCUUACGGGAGAGGUUCCGUCGACAUUAUGGAAUGCUCAGAACCUGGAGUCCUUGGACUUGCAAGGGAACAGUCUGUCAGGUUUGCUUUCCAUCUCCACGGGCCUCCAAGUCUCUCGGUUGAGAGAAAUUGUGCUCAGUGACAAUCAGCUGAGUGGGCCAAUUCCACCCGACGUGGGACGUCUGCAGAAUCUAGAAGUGCUCGGAUUGGGAGCGAACCAGUUGAGUGGGAUGAUUCCCGCUUCUUUGGGGAAUUGCUCGAAAAUGAAGGUCAUCGACCUGUCCGCGAACCUGUUGACGGGAACGAUUCCAUCGGAGCUCGGAUUCCUGACUCAGCUGGUCAGCCUUCAGCUUUCUGACAACGGCAUCUCCGGAUCGAUACCCAACACUUUAAGCAACUGCUCACAGCUCAUGGAUCUGCAGCUCAGCACGAACCAUUUGAGUGGCUUGAUUCCGGCUGGAUUCAGUUCGAUGCAGCGGCUGCAGAUGCUUUCGCUGAGGGACAAUAAGUUCGGGAUGACGUUCCCCGAUUUCUUAGAAGGCAUCGGCAAUUUAACGAGGAUCGACCUGUCGGGGAACCACUUGAGUGGUCCCAUCCCGGUCUCCAUCGGUAACUUCACAAAUCUUCAGAGUUUGAAUUUGGCAAACAACAGACUGACGGGGCCCAUUCCUCUAGAAUUGUUCAGUUUAGUGACUCUGGAGGAGUUGGUUCUCACAAAUAACAUCUUGGACGGCGAAAUUCCGCCCGAGAUCGGACAGCUGGUUCGUUUGUCAUCGCUGUUGAUCAGCAACAAUAACUUCACGGGGCCUUUUCCCAGCAGUCUCGGCAACUGCACUAAUCUACAAGAGUUGAACAUGGCGAACAACCGAUUCUCGGGUCCACUCCCGGGAGCGACGUUCUCGCAGCUCACGCGACUCAGCGUCAAACUGAACCUCGCCAGUAAUCACUUCUCGGGCGUUCUGCCCAAAGAGCUCGGAUACCUCGUCUCGGUGCAGAAGAUGAACUUCUCCUUCAACAGCUUCGUGUUCCGGGUGCCUGCGAGUUUGGCGAAUUGCACCGCUCUCGAGUGGCUGGACAUGUCGCACAACCAUCUGUGCGGCGAGCUGCCGCCGCAGCUCGCACUGAUGACGAAUCUCGUCUACUUCAAUGUCUCGGCCAACAAUUUGGAGGGGCCGAUCCCCAUUGGCGGCAUCUUCAGCAACAACCUCACAGCAGACUCGUUCUGGGGCAACCCUCGGCUCUGCGGCUACCAGAUCGACCGAAAUUGCUCGAUCGCAGGGCAGGACAGCAAAUGCCAGGGCUUCCACUGCAGCUGGUUCGCCGUCACCAGCGGCGUGAUCGGCAUCAUCCUGGUGGGCAUCGGAGUCACCAUCUGGUACUGCCUCUUCACAAAAGUCAUCGAGUACCAUCGCAAGACUCUGGGGCCGGAGAUGCCGCACGUGCAGCAGCUCAAGGUCACGGUGCACGAUCUGACGAAAGCGACCGAUGCCUUCAGCCUAGACAACAUCAUCGGGGUCGGCAGGCGCAGCAUUGUCUUCAAGGGCGUUCUGCCGAGCGGUGCUCUCAUCGCGGUGAAGAAGCUCGAGAAGGAGAAGAAUGGCACCAACCUCUGGGACAAGAAGGACCAGUACCGCGAGAUCGACUUCCUCGGAAAGCUGCGGCAUCCGAAUCUGAUGAAAACCCUCAGCGUUUGCUGGAAUCUCGACACGAAGGCGCUGGUCUUCGAUUUCAUGGAGAACGGGACUUUGAGUGACCACUUGCAUGCUCCUCCUGUCGACUCGGACUCGGACACGGAAUCGAUACUCACAUGGGACAUCCGGCGGAACAUCGCUCUGGGCAUUGCGAAAGGUCUGGUUUUUCUCCACCACGACUGCGCCGAGAAGCGAGGCGGCGAGCCUGUGAUCCAUGGCGACCUCAAGCCCAGCAACAUCUUCCUGGACGACGACUUUCAGCCCAAGAUUGCAGAUUUCGGUCUGGCUCGUCUGAUCAUGCCCGACGACAUCACCGAGGGAGAUGAAGAAGCUCUCGAGAUGGCUCUCACCAUCUGUGACAGGGACUACAUCGCACCAGAAUGUAUAUGUCCUCAGGCGCGAUUCUCGAUGAAGGGCGAUGUGUACAGCUUCGGAAUCAUCUUGCUGGAGCUCGUGACGGGAAUGCACCCGAGCGAGGACGCGAGCUGCUUCGGCGAGGAGGCCAAUCUGGUGGAAUGGAUACGUGAGGCGAACACGCCGGAGAACGUCAUCGACCAAAGGCUGCGGGGCGAGUUUCAAGAAGUGGCAAAGAAGCACCAAAUGCUUCUGACCUUGCAAACGGGAAUGCUGUGCACUCAGGAAGCGUACCAAAAGCGUCCGGACAUGAAAGAAGUGCUGGAAAUUUUGAAUCGAACCAAGGAGCGGACUUUCAAUGAUGGAGAGGACUCCCCAGUGUAGUGCUCUCGAGGCGCUCUGAGUGGGGAUCCGUGAAAGUCUUAGCUUCAAGUCCGACCUUCUCCACUUUUUUAAUCGUGAUCAGCUUCCGGUCCAUCAUGCACGCUUGGACGUGACGAUAGAGGAAUUUUCUCUUACACAGGACCUGGUAGGACAGCAUUAUGUUCCAGAUAAUUGCCCGCUGGUGGAUAGGAAUCGCCAAUGAGUACCUUGCCACUCAUGUUCAUCGUUAUGCCACCUCGUUCAGGGUUGCGUAAUGGUACGUGUAUUUGAGUACGUGAUGCGAGGUCAGCCGUGAUCGUCGAAUUGCACUAAUCACUAUACGUAAACACACAACGUGGCUGGCAGGCGACUCACGGGCAUCUGUAGUGGAGGGAGCUGGGGUGUGUUUGCUAUUCAUAUUCUUGGAUCAUGUAUUCUUCAUCUAGAGUCUUCGGAUAUUUUUGACCAAAUUUUAUAAAAAUGAUAAUGAAUUUUUCCAUCAGCCUGUGUCCAUUGAGCAGGAAGUACGUUCUGUUUCUGUAACUCGGAAACGAAUCGGAUACGACGGACGUAAGAUAGCGAGGAUGAUGGUCCGAUUGAUUUUAGUUCCCUUAGAGUUAUUGUUUAGAAGAGUGCAUAUAGCGCAAAAAUUUAUUUCAAAACUUUGGCACCACCUUAGAUUGCAAACUGAAGAGCUCAUUCAAAUACUCAAUAUCCAAAAGCUAUGGAAAUCAUUUCGAUACGAAGAUGCAGUUACAUUCCGAUUCGCCGAGGUUUCCACUUCUUUUAAUUCUAAAAGGUGUCAGAUUACUACUCCCUAUGAACUCACAGAUAUUAGAAACGACUCAUGUACUCGAUCCUGUUACUUAGCUGUAAUCCAAAUAUAAUAGUAUUCUCACUUCGUUAUUUCUUUAGCAUUGGAUCUAGGAUAU